CAUCUUCGAUUGCAAGAACGGACAAUUCUCUCUCUCUGCAAAGAGAAAUAAAAUGAGAGAGUGAAAAAGCUAUAUAGAGAGAGAUAGAAACAACAGUCUCAAAAUCAAUAGACAGAUAUAGAAAGAGAGAGAAAAAUAGAAGAAUUAAACAGUUUUCUCUUUGCACAUCCCACUGAAGAAGAGAAAAACGAUGUAUGUGUGCUUUGCACAAUUUCGUGAUCUGCAACUGUAAUAGAAGAAGACCGUGUUGGUGAAGAGAUGAAGAAGAAUACAAUAAUAUGGGUUUAGCAAAAGGACUACUCCCUUAUGUUAAAUCUCAUUUUAAGGGUCAGAGUUCAACUCGAUUCUUGAACAAGGUAAGAUUUUCGAAUUCUAUGUCCCAAAAUUAUCGACAAGGUAUUAUCAGUUUCCCGAAUGGAUUUGAUAGAUCGCAGAAAGAAAGGCUGAUCCGACCGGAUAACGUGACGAAUCGUCCAAUUCUGCAUACCAAACAUGCUAUGAGAGUUCAAGGUUUCGAUCCACCAUUAUUAGGCUUCCAAGAAGAAGAAUCCAGCGGCCUUCCAGUUUAUGAAACGGCGGGGAUGUUGUCUGAGAUGUUCAAUUUUUCAUCCGCCACCGAGUUAUUGGAGAACCAGAUAUCACAAAAUUAUCAGAAUCCGAGGCAAAGGGUGCCUGUCUCAUGGUAUCAGAAUAGACAAGGGUCAAUUGUGAGUGGUUCGAGGGAUUCAAGAAAUCAUAAUGUAGGCAAUGAAGAUCAUCAUAUUUCAAGUACUAAUGUUGACUCAGCUUCAGCCAUGCAGCUUUUUCUCAUGAAUCCACAGCAAAGGUCCCCUUCACCAUCUUCUUCUUCUCAUCAUCCCCCUCCUCCGCCUUCAGCCGCCGUAAUUCACCACCCAUUGUCGUCUUUCGAAGCCUUUCACCAACCUGUGGGCGUCACCACCACGGCGGGAGAGGCUUUUGCUGCUGCAUAUGAUACCAUCCCUAUUCAAAUGCCGGGUGCACCGGAAGGGCAAGGCCUUUCUUUAUCCUUAUCUUCUUCAUUACAGGAGGCCGCGAAAGGUGAGCAUUUGAGGGUGGGAGAAGGUGGGAUGUUCUUUGGGCAAGGAGCAGGAGGAGGUUCAACUUCUGUUCAAUACAGUUUCAAGAAUUUUGGCGGCGGCUCUUUGCAACCGCACGGCGGAAUUGGUCAAAACCACCAGUUACACGGUGCGUCGGGAUCGCCCAUUGCGGCAGUGAAUCUGUUAAGAAAUUCUGUAUACGCUAAGGCAGCUCAAGAAUUGCUUGAAGAGUUUUGCAGUGUUGGUAAGCCUCAGUUCAAGAAAAAUAAAUUCUCCAAGAAUACUAAUCCAAGCGGAGGUGGAAAUUCUUCAUCUUCUUUAAAGGAUCAACAACCUUUGUCAGCUGCUGAUAGGCAUGAGCAUCAAAGAAGGAAGGUCAAACUCAUAUCUAUGCUUGAUGAGGUGGAUAGAAGAUACAACCAUUAUUGCGAGCAAAUGCAAAUGGUGGUGAAUUCUUUCGACAUGGUGAUGGGCUUCGGCUCAGCAGCGCCGUACACUAGUCUAGCCCAAAAGGCCAUGUCUCGACACUUUCGAUGCCUAAAGGACGCGAUUAUUGCACAACUUAAGCACAGCUCUGAGCUUUUAGGAGAAAAAGAUGCAAGCACAUUAGGGGUGACAAAAGGGGAGACCCCAAGACUAAGAAUUCUCGAACAAAGUUUAAGACAACAAAGGGCAUUUCAUCAAAUGGGAAUGUUGGAACAAGACACUUGGAGACCCCAAAGAGGCUUGCCUGAAAAAUCUAUCAACGUUUUGAGAGCUUGGCUUUUCGAGCAUUUUCUCCACCCGUAAGUUACUUAUUCUGACAAUAAAAU